CGCGGCGCGUGUUGUCAGCACGCCGGAAGCCCCCCGCCGCCGCCGGCGGGGAAGGGAAGAUGGCGGCGCUCUUGGCGCGGCUGUGCCGCAGCGCCCGCGUCCUCCGCGCCGUCCGCCUGACCCUCGCCGCCGCCCCGCCGCCCCGCCGCCUAGCGCCGACGGGCCCCCCGCGGCCGCUCAGCUUUUCGGCGGCGGAGCUGGUGCGCUCCGCGCCGGGCCGCGUGCAGCCUUACCUGCGCCUCAUGCGGCUGCACCAGCCCGCCGGGACCUGGCUGUUGUACUUGCCGUGCACCUGGAGCAUAGGCCUGGCGGCAGAGCCGGGCUGUCUCCCGGACUGGUAUACGCUGUCCUUGUUUGGGGCUGGAGCCGUUCUGAUGCGUGGAGCAGGCUGCACGAUUAAUGACAUGUGGGAUCAGGACUAUGACAAAAAGGUUGCAAGGACAGCAAGUAGACCCCUAGCAGCUGGAGAUAUCUCCACUUUUCAGUCCUUUGUUUUUCUUGGGGGACAACUCAGCUUGGCUCUUUGUGUGCUUCUGUGUCUGAAUUACUACAGUAUUGUUCUGGGAGCAGCCUCCUUGUCUCUUGUGGUCACCUAUCCUCUGAUGAAGAGAAUAACAUAUUGGCCACAGUUAGUUCUGGGACUUGCAUUUAAUUGGGGAGCCCUUCUUGGGUGGUCGGCCAUCAAAGGGUCGUGUGAGUGGUCUGUGUGUUUGCCUUUGUACUUAGCUGGAGUUAUGUGGACGCUGGUGUAUGAUACCAUUUACGCACAUCAGGAUAAGAGGGAUGACGUCCUUAUUGGUGUGAAGUCAACAGCAUUACAGUUCAAUGAAGAUACAAAGCAGUGGCUCAGUGGUUUCAGUGUUGCAAUGCUCUUGGGCUUGUGCAUGGCGGGAAUGAAUUGUAACCAGACUUUCCCGUAUUACUCAGCUGUGGCUGCCGUAGGUGCUCACUUAGCACACCAGAUUUACACUUUGGAUAUAGACAGACCUGAAGACUGUUGGAAGAAGUUUACUUCGAAUCGUACAGUAGGAGUUCUGCUCUUCGUAGGGAUUAUGCUUGGAAAUCUUUGGAAAGGACAAGACUCAAAAAAGGAAGAAGAGCCUUUAGAAAACAGGCCUGAUGACGCUGAGCAGCGAGGGGAGGAUGGGUGUCAUGUUCAAUGAAACUGCCUGAAACCAUUCUUGCCUCCAAAUGUGAAAGCAAGCCGCAAAGGCAGGCGGCUGAAGAUCCAACCCUACAGAAAACUGCAUCUGCCUUGUUGGAAAAGCUGAAGGUGGGAGUUGCCCUGUUGUUUCGUUUUCCCAGAAGAGGUGCGUCUUUCCUUCACAGAGUCGUUUCCUGGGCAGCACAGCAUGGGCUCUAUAUCAUCGUGUCAGUGAAGGAGCCCUGUUAAAUGCUUCACAAAUGAUAUGGUCAAUAAAGUAGAGACCAUUUUUGUUAAACUUUGGAGUGAAGGAGAGUAUCUCAGGGUCCUGCUGCCCUGCUUGCUGUUCUCGGAACAGUGCCAUUGAUAAAGGGCAGGAUUUUUAUAGCACCUCUUUCCAUUCCAUCUAUUACACCAUAAAUCCGAGCAUCAUUGAAAAGUCCGUAUUUUAAUUUCUGCAGGUUACAGGUUAACCCUUACUUCUCCUUCACCCUUUUCUUUUUGUACAUGUGAAAAGCAAAUUAAAACAUGCUAUCGGCAGUUUCUAUAGAAUAGUUUAAACCUGUGUUUUGUUAUGUACAUUACUGUUUGGACCUGCUCCAUACUAACACUGCAAUAUGCACACUAUGCAUAAUACUCAAAUGCUCUCUCCUUGAAUAAUAGCUUUUCUAAAAAAAUGUAGGAACUAUUCUAAAGCUUCCGUGGCUUGCAUAUGGUGUGAAUGGUUAAGUAUUUGAGGGGAUGUGAAUGAAGAAAUAGAAAAUGUGUCUCUUACCGGGGAAUGUAUGCACGUGUGGUAACGAGCCAGGUAAGUUUUAAAAUAGCCUGGCUAUGCUGCCGGCUGUAAAGCACUCAGUGUCUUCUUCACAUUUACAGACAUUAUUGCUUGUUGCUCUGACUGACCCUCUGAACAGCAAAAAUUCCCGUCCCCGUGUCCCCAUUCCAUACCCUUUUCAUGGCUGUUAAAUCCAGUCUUCUCUCUCUCUGCCUCUGCCUCGCGCUCUGCCUCUCUGCCUCACACCUGCUCUCUGCUCCUCGUGCCUGCUCUCUGCUGCUUACCUCUCUCUCUCUGCCUUUUUCCUGGCUUGCUUACUCUGUCUCCCUUGCUCUGUCUCUUGCUCUCUUCCUCCCUCUGCUUUCCUCCCUCUCUCUCUCUCUCUCUCUCUCUCUCUCUCUCUCUCUCUCUCUCUCCCUCUCCUUUUUUCUCUGCCACUCUCUCUCUCUCCCUGUGCCUUUUUCCUGUCUUGGUCACUCUGCCUAUCUGUUUGCCUCUCUCUUCCUCUUGCUCCAUCUACCUCUCUUUCUCUCCCCCUCUCUCCCUCUCCUCCCACCGCCUGACUCUCUUGCUUUCUCGCUCUCUCCCCCCCGCCCCUCUCCUUCCCUCCCUCUCUCUCGCUCUCCUCCCUCACCCCCUCUUUCUCUCUCUCUCUCCCCCCACCUGCCCCUCUCGCACUUUCUGCCUUUCUCUUUUUUUUCGAGAGUGUGAGUGUGUGAGUGUGAGUGUGUGUGUGUGUGUGUGUUGCAGAGCAAAUGGCCACUGCCUAGAGCCGAGAUGCUGUUCUGUCAAAGUUUAACGUGUGAAAAUGACUGCGAAGUACAUACGAGGUGGUUAGAAGGUGGGCCGUGUUGAGUUGACUGUAUGCCAAAUAAAACCACAAAGAAAGAAGGAAGAGGCGUGGCUGGCUGUAGGUAAAUGUGUAUGCUUCUCAAAAAUAUUUUUCAAAUAUUUCCUUGAAAGAUUUAUUAAAAUCAAGAUGCCCCUAAUACAGAGGGUGAAGGCUGGUAGACAUUCCUUUCCAGUUAACACAAGUGGAAGUCAGGAAGUUAUGAUAAAGCUUGUACUUUUAAGCCCUGUCUGCAAGGUAGUUGCUAAAGGAAUUACUGAGAAAAGAGAUCUUUUAAUCCCGAUGCAAAACAAAACAAGACACCAUCUGAAUAAGGCAAAUUGCUAAAUACGUAUGGUUUUCUUUAUAAGACGUGUAUCAAAAUAUAGGUUCUAUUCUGUUG